CGGACCCGGCAGGUAAACUGGUCGUUGUUUACGUGGUCUGAAGAUUAGAUUACGCCGAUGAUCACAGGCCUCACCGUGCGUGUGGGCGCCCGUGCGUCGGCCGCUCCCCUCUGCGGGCGGUGCAGCAGCAGCAGCCGGGGGGAGGAGCGUCGCGAACAGGGAGUGUCCCGGGACACAACCAGCGGCACCGCACUCCGUCAGCACGCCGAUUCGACGCCUCUCUUCUCCCGCUGCAGCUCGAAGGGCCCACCGCGGAUCAUCCAGGUUCCACAGUACCCUUCGACCGUCCGACCCCCGACCGCCCGACCCACCGAUCACCAGCUACCGCGCGCCCAGGCAGGAUGGCAGUGCAACACCCACAGUUCGAGCUGGCCGGACAGAAGCAGGGCCUCCAGGUGUGGAGGGUGGAGAACUUCGACCUGGUGCCGGUCCCCGAAAACCUGUACGGGGGAUUUUACACUGGAGACGCUUACCUCAUCCUCAACACCAUCAAACAACGCUCCGGGAACCUGCAGUUCGACCUCCACUUCUGGUUGGGUGAUUUCUGCACCCAGGAUGAGCGCGGCUCGGCGGCCAUCUUUACAGUCCAAAUGGAUGACUUCCUGGGAGGGAAGCCCAUCCAGUACCGCGAGGUCCAGGGAUACGAGUCCAAAACCUUCCUCGGUUACUUCAAGUCAGGAAUCAAAUACAUGAAAGGGGGCGUGGCGUCCGGGUUCAAGCACGUGGUCACCAACGAGGUGGUCAUGCAGCGGCUGCUCCAAGUCAAAGGUCGCCGUUCUGUCCGGGCAACGGAGGUGGCGGUCAGCUGGGACAGCUUCAACCAGGGCGACUGCUUCAUCCUGGACCUGGGUGCUGAGAUUUACCAGUGGUGCGGCUCCCACAGCAACCGCUUCGAGAAGCUCAAGGCUACUCAGGUCGCCAAGGGGAUCCGUGACAACGAGCGCAACGGGAGGGCCCAGGUUUAUGUCUGCGACGAGGGAAGGGAGAGAGAGAAGAUGGAGGAGGUGUUGGGACCAAAGCCAGAUCUGCCCGCCGGAGCGUCUGACGACAUCAAAGCCGAUGCUUCAAACAGGAAGAUGGCCAAGCUGUACAAGGUGUCCAAUGCCAGUGGAGGCAUGACCAUCGCUCUGGUGGCAGCGGAGAACCCGUUCGCUCAGAGCGCCCUGGAGUCCGGCGACUGCUUCAUUCUGGACCACGGAUCCGAUGGAAAGAUCUUCGUCUGGAAAGGCAAGGACGCCAACAUGGACGAGCGAAAGGAGGCGAUGAAAGCAGCCGACGAGUUCAUCAAGAAGAUGGGUUACCCCAAACACACACAAGUCCAGAUCCUGCCGGAGAUGGGCGAGACGCCGCUCUUCAAACAGUUCUUCAAAAACUGGCGGGACAAGGAGCAGACGGUGGGUCUGGGCGUGGCCUACAUCGCCAACAGCAUCGCCAAGAUCGAGAAGGUGCCCUUCGACGCGUCCAGCCUGCACGACUCCUCCGCCAUGGCCGCCCAGCACGGUAUGGUGGACGACGGAAGCGGAGAGAAGCAGAUCUGGCGUAUCGAGGCGUCCGACAAGGUGGAGGUGGAUUUGUCCUCGUACGGACAGUUCUACGGGGGAGACAGCUACAUCAUCCUUUACAACUACAGUCACGGAGGACGCCAGGGACACAUUAUCUACAUGUGGCAGGGGGCGGACUCCAGUCAGGAUGAGAUCGGGGCCUCUGCGAUCCUGGGCUCCCAGCUGGACGACGAGCUGGGCGGCGGUCCUGUGCAGGUGCGGGUGGUGCAGGGCAAGGAGCCGGCCCAUCUGAUGAGCCUGUUCGGAGGACAGCCCAUGGUGGUGUACAAGGGAGGGACGUCCAGAGAAGGAGGUCAGUCCGCCCCCGCAGAGACGCGACUGUUCCAGGUGCGCUCCAACUCCACAGGACACACCAGGGCUGUGGAGGUUGACGCGGCGUCGUCCAACCUGAACUCCAACGACGCUUUUAUUCUGGUGACGCCGGGCGGCUCCUUCCUGUGGGUGGGCGAGGGCGCCAGCGACCCGGAGAAGCAGGGAGCCCAGCAGCUGUGUGACAUCCUGGGAGUGUCGGCCUCCGAGCUGCCUGAGGGAGGAGAGACCGAUGAUUUCUGGGAGGCUCUCGGAGGAAAGACCGAAUAUCGCACUUCCACUAGACUCAAGGACAAGAUGGACGCUCACCCACCCCGCCUCUUCGCUUGCUCCAAUAAGACCGGCAACUUCAUCAUUGAGGAGGUACCCGGGGAGAUGACCCAGGAAGACCUCGCCACUGACGAUGUCAUGAUCUUGGACUCCUGGGACCAGGUGUUCGUCUGGAUCGGAAACGAAGCCCAAGAGGAGGAGAAGACUGAGGCGAUGGCUUCUGCGGCCCGUUACAUCGAGACGGAUCCGGCCAACAGGGACCGCAGGACGCCCAUCGUCAAGAUCAAGCAGGGCUUUGAGCCGCCGACCUUCACCGGCUGGUUCCUGGGCUGGGACCACGAGUACUGGACCAGCGACCCCCUGGAACGCGCCAUGGCCGAACUGGCCCUGUGAGAUCUCACCUCCCAGUUAGCCCUGACCUUCGACCUCCCCCCUCCUCUGCUGCGCUGCAAGCACUGAGCUCCAGUCAACACUUUUUUACCCACUAAUGAACCCAAAAAAUCUCUUUUUGUUGUCUUUGAGAAGGAUACUCUUUGAUGUGGUGUUUUCAUUUACUUUGUGUAAGUAGGCCAAUAGCAAUAGAGCUUUAACAGAUACUCAGGCAUUCUGUAGUUUGCACUAAACAGUUUGCUUUUUUAGUUUAUUUUAUAUAUUGGAACAAAAUGAAAGCUAGUGAAAUGUAAUGAAAACAAAGUCUCGGUGUGCUGCAACAUCAAAAAUGACACCCGCCAAGUAAACACAACCGAUGCCUUAAUAUUUCUUACUGUAGUUUACAGUAAACCUACUUUUAGUACUGUUAGUAGUAAGUUAUUAGUAAGUGCUGUUGCAUUUAUGGACGCCUUUAUAGAUCAGGAGUUUUGCACUUUGUUGAGAUGCCGCUUCAUGUUUUUUUUUAAAUAUAAUGUGUUCCUGUGCAACUUUAAAUGGGAAGCAAACGCUUUGCUGCUUUACAACCCUGAUACGUCUUCUGUGACACUUUGAAGGUUUCCCAGGUCAUGAUUUCAAUAAAACAUAAUUAAACUUAGCAGAGCUGUAAAACACAUGCUUGUAGAAACAUAUACUGAUCUAAAAAAAGAAUAAAAUCCAGAGACAAUCG